UGAUCUGAGUAAGGUUGAGCUGACUGAUCAUGAAUAAAAAUUACAUUAAAAAAACAAAUUCAACCCAAGCUGGUUUUCUUAUGACAUCACUCGAUAGCUUGAGAGAACAAAACAUUCUCUGCGAUUUCGAUGUCCAAGUUGGUGACAAAUCGUUCCGUGCUCAUCGCUGUGUCUUGGCAGCGUCGUCAGGAUACUUUAAAGCGAUGUUUUCAAGCAAAAUGAAGGAAUCUCGUGAUGGUUUUAUCAAUAUGAAGGAUGUCGAUCAGAAUGGGAUUUCCCAAUGUAUAGAAUUCAUGUAUAAAGGAGUAGGAAAUUUGAAAAUGGAAUACGUUCAACAAAUCCUGCAAGCAUCCAACCUGUUACAAAUGGUUGGCUUGACUAACUUUUGCUUCCAUUACUUGAAAACCAAUCUUUCUCAUACCAAUUGUCUUUCCGUCAUCAAUUUGGCUCAAGCAUACGAUCGCCUUGAUAUAAAAGAACAAGCAGAAAAUGUUCUGAUCACUAAUUUCCAAUCAGUAAUUUCCUCCGAGAUGUUUUUGUUCAUUAUCAAGCCAGAUCUCCUGCGUUACAUAAAAACUCCAAGUAUGAAUUACCAAACAUCAUGGCAAGCAAUGAUAACAUGGGCAAGAGCAAAAGAUGAAGAUGCAGAGAGAUGUUUUGCCGAUCUUGUUACAGUCAUCAAUAUCCAGACUUAUCCUUUCAAAUUUCUUCUGGAGACUGUGUUGGAAGAACCACUGGUGAAAAGUAAUGACAUUGCAAAGAAUUCAGUCAUCACUGCAUUAUUCUCUGAUGUCAAGAAUCUUGAGACGAAUCUUGAGAUUGACAACUGCUUCAUCCUGAAAAAUCUGGCUGAAACUAAUCAAGCUACCAACCUAGAUGCUGUGAAAAAUGUGAUGAAUCGAUUCCUGGAAGCACAUUUUGAACGAAUCAUUGAGAAAAAAGAGUUCUGUGAUAUCAGCAAGGAUGACAUCAUUGUGAUUUACAAAUCCCCAAACACAAAAUAUUCUUCCGAGACUGUUAAAUGGCACGGAGCUCUUAGAUGGAUAAAGCACGAUAUUCAAAAGAGGAAAAAAAAUUUUCAAGAUUUGUUCGGCCUCCUUGAUCUCCAAAAAUUUCCUCUUCAAUUCUUGGAACAAACGAUCCGCUCUGAGACUUUGGUCAGAGAUUCUCGUAAAUGUUACGAUAUUCUUAUGGAUGAAUUAUUUUCUCGAGCAAGGAAGAAGUCGUCUUCAAUGGAUCUUUCCCCUCAGCAAGCAGCACCUUCAAACACUAGAGUCGAAACAGAAACGUACCAAGCCCAGCAAUUAACAGUUGGAGCUACAAGUACUAGAGGUGAAUAUACAGAAACUUUCUUUGGCAAUACUGCAUCAAGUAGCCACGGGUCUAAGAAUGUCCAAGAACUACAUAUUGGAGCAGUGGGUAGAUACAGAAGUGACACAUCAGAAUCUCAGUCUUCAAGUCAAGCUACUUCAUCUGGUCUAAGAAUCAUCAACCAACAUCCACCUGGUGGAAGAAUGACAGUGGAAAGGUUGGAUGAAUCACUGCCAGGAUAUGAAGGGUGGAGCACUUAUGUCAUCUCCUACUCAUUCCCUGCUGGAAGUCUGAAUGGUGUUUCAUAUGAGGCAAAGAAGUUCACUGAAUAUUUGCCUUUUGCCCCGUACCUUAAGAACUUGCUCCAGGAAGCAUUCAAUGCAGGAUUGCUCUUCAAGAUUCAGAUAAUUGGAAGCAGCCGAGGAAAGAUAAUAUGGAAUGAUGAAUUUCCUCGUAAGACUAACAAACGUGGAGGUCCAAAUGACCAUGGAUAUCCUGAUGAUGACCAUCUCGAUAAACUGUAUAAAGCAUUGAAGACGAAAUUAAAGGCAGCAGGAAUUGAAUACUAACAAUAGAUGAUCAACAAUGGACAUUCAACACUAUCCGGAUAUAUUAGUAUUCGUCUACGGACAAUACUAUAUUGUCUCAUUCAUUGAUUUUGUGGUGCCAUUAUCAAGCAUUCCAUCAAGACACUUAUAAAUAUUAUAAAUUUCGGUGAACUGCAAUAUCAGUCAGAUUGACUCGGAUAUCUUUAAAGGACAUUUUAUAUAUCUCAAGGCAAUUUUCAAAAUAAAACAGCAAACAUUGGGGGUACAGUGGUAAAAAAUAAGUUCCUGUCAUUACCGGAACAGACCCUAAAUUGCCUGAACGGGGUGGAAAAUCCAUCUAAACCUACCGUAACCACCUAUAGCUAUCUUGUAAAAGUUGUGUAGAAAUUGAAUACUAACAAUACAAAAUCAACAAUGGACGUUGCACAUGGACAAUAUAAUAUUAGAACCCCUCCGUUGAUUUUAUAUUGUCAUUAUCAAGCAUUCCAUUAUGCCACUUACUGAAUAUUAUAAUGUUUGAUGAACUGCAAUAUCAGUGGGAUUUGACUCAACCUUUCGUUUUUAAAUCAAACUCUAUACCAGUGGUUUCCAAACAUUUUUGGUACCAUCGCCCCCCUACAGUAGUUUAUAAAAAUGCGAAAAAAAUGUAAAGUCUGAAAUGAAUAUAUUACAGACCGAAUAACGAGAC